AUGACGAAUGACUUCUCCAACCACAACUACAUCAACCACAACCAUAACUACAACCACCACAACUACAUCCACCAUGACCAAAACUACAACCACCACAACUACACCCACCACGACCAAAACUACAACUACUACAACUACACCCACCACGACCACAACAACCACAACUACAAGCUCCACAACUUUACACACCACAAUGAAAACUGCAACCUUCACAUCCUCUAUAGUCAUACCAAGCCUGGCAGUGUGAUUGUAGACUACAGUAUUACAGUAACAAGCGCAAAUCCUGAUUUGGCACCAGCAAACAACCAGCUUGUUACCAGUCUUAUUAACCAAGGACUUCCAAUAAUUCAAAAUCCACUUACUCACAUAGUUCCAGAUGGCAUAUAUGGAAGCAGCAGCACAGUAUAUCCUGGAACAAAUGUAUCAUUAAUCUGCAGUAUUCAACCAAGUAACGUAGGGAAGAUUGACUGGGCCAUGAACGGCAACAUCCUGCAAAACACAUCUAAGCAUAUAAUCAGUGCCAGUAGACGCACACUCACUGUGACCAAUGUGAAUUCUACCAACAGUGGUUUAGGCUGCAACACAUGUAACUAUAAGAUCCUGGCACAGGACUGUCUGGACAAUGGUACAGUAAUAAAUGCUAGAUGCCAAGCCACUGGAAGUGAUGCAACUGUUUAUGAGGUUAAGACAUUCUGGAUAAAUGCAAUUAAUAAAGUAUUCAAAUGCUUUGAUCAAUACUUUGGAGGAGGAAAUGUAUAUGAAACAAAAGUUGGUGACUGUACUGAAGACAUGGUUGGCAAUCGAACAGCUCAGUGUAACUCAUCUGGAUUGUGGGACCCUCGGAACCAGCCAGACAACUGUGUCCUGCGUGUUAUUCAGAACCUGAUAUACAAGGCUCAGAUUUUAGUGGUAGCAGGAAUCCCACAAUUCACAGCUGAACUCAGCAAUGCUACUGUAGCAAACGCUCCUACCAUAACACAGUCUCCAGCAAAUGUACUAGGAAUCGUUGGUAUACUGCAACAAAUUGCUUCUGUGUCACAAACAACAGUGAUCAGUCAACCUGUAAUGACGAGUUUCCUGCAAACACUGGAUGUCAUAACAUCAAAAAAUGCAAGCACAACAUGGACAACUUUGAACAGAGGCAAUACAACGCAGAACACCAGCUCUGUGCUGCUGAUGUCCAUCGAGGACAUUGGGCAAAAACUCACAAAUCAGACCUUUGGAAUAGUAACCAACACCAUUCAACUCAACAGAACUAACAUUUCUGCACCAUAUUUUGAACCAUUUGGUAUAAAUUCAACUAUGUUAAUAGAUAUCCCUCAGAUUCCUGUACCAGUGUUCUUCACCUUUAUAGUUUUCUCAACUCUUAACACCGUCUUGCCUGUUCGAAAUGCAACCAACAAUGACAGCAGUAAAACUGGGACCAGUAUUAAUGGAGAUGUGGUUGUGGUCAAGGCAGAAACAAGAAUCAACAACAUAUCCUUCUCCUUUUCUCUCAUAAAUAAUUCACUGAAAACCCCCCAGUGUGUAUUUUGGAACUUUAGUCUAUUGGAUGGGAUUGGAGGAUGGGACUCAACUGGAUGCCAACUAAAGUCUUUAGCAAAUCACACUGACCUGGUUACAUGUGAAUGCAAUCACACAACCUCAUUUUCCAUCCUGAUGUCACCAUAUUCCCUGGAUAAUCCUGCUUUGGCCUACAUAACUUACAUUGGUGUUAGCAUUUCGAUGGCCAGCUUGGUUUUAUGCCUCAUUAUUGAAACCAUUAUUUGGAAGUCAAUGACAAGGAAUGACACAUCCUACAUGCGGCAUGUCUCCAUAGUCAACAUCGCUGUGUCCCUCCUGAUUGCAGACAUAUGCUUUAUGAUUGGAGCAUCCAUUGUGGAACGAGGACAGGUUACACCAGUGGGUCCCUGCAGUGCAGUGACAUUCUUCAUCCACUUCUUUUAUCUUGUUCUCUUCUUCUGGAUGUUCCUGUCAGCACUCUUGCUCCUCUACCGCACCAUCAUGGUCUUUUCUGGAAUGUCCAGGUCCAGGAUGUUGGCUAUAGCGUUCAGUGUGGGCUAUGGAGCCCCAUUACUCAUAGCUGUCAUCACUGUGGCAUCAACAGCUGGAAACAGAGGAUAUGUUCAAGAAAGUAACUCAUGUUGGCUGAACUGGGAUCAAACUAAGGCACUCCUGGCAUUUGCGAUUCCUGCUCUGACGAUUGUUGUUAUAAAUCUCUUGGUGCUUAUCAUGGUGAUAUAUAAGAUGUUGAGGAGAGGAGUUGGUGCCUCCACUCGGCCAGAUGAUAAACAUGCUUUAGCGGUCAUUGCCAGAUGUGUGGGGAUUUUGACCCCUAUCUUUGGACUAACCUGGGGAUUCGGCAUCGGGACCAUGGUGACCUCUGAUUUGAGAAUUCAUGUGGCAUUUACAAUCCUUAAUUCACUGCAGGGCUUCUUUAUUUUGAUGUUUGGAACAUUACUGGACAAUAAGAUCCGAGAGGCUUUGGCAAGAAGGUUGUCACUUAUAAACAAUAGCUCUAACCGUACAAGGAGCACUAGUGCAGGACCAUCAUCCUCCAGUGGACUUCCUUUCAUUCGGAGGAUUCAGAGGAGAAAUGUCUACAACAUAGCAGAAGGAAAUGGUUUCUCUGCAGCAUCUUCAAGCAACUCAGACACAUUAAUAAACAUUUAA